UUUUUAGAUUCUAAACUAAACUCUCACAAAAGUCUUCGCUUUUAUCUUAAGAAAAACAAAAUCGGCGAUAAAGGGGCUUCAACAUUAGGUGCUUAUUUAGGAAACUGCCAAAGUGUUUAAGCAUUAAAUCUUAAUAUGAGACAUAAUAAUUUAGGUGAUUAAGGAGGAUUAGAAUUAGGUUGUGCUUUAGCAGAUUUCUAAAAUCUUUCUUCUUUAUCUCUAAAAUUUGGGUAUAACUAAAUCAGCUCUUCAGAUGUCAUAGGCUUAGGCAAUGCCUUCUAAAAAUGUAGCAAUCUUUCAGUUUUAGCACUUGAUAUGAGGGAAAAUAAAAUGAGUAAAGAAGGAAUGCUUAGAUUUUUUUCAACUUUAACAAAAUGCAAAAACCUUAAAAAAUUAACACUUAUGCUUGGGUUUCUUGGAAUCAAUGAUCAGGACAUACAAGCUUUGUGCCCUACUUUAGAAAAUUUAAAUAAGAUUUAAACUUUGUUUCUAGAUUUCUAAUGGAAUAAGAUUAGCGAUUAAGGUACCUUUUUGUUAAGUUCUACUUUAGCUAAAUGUGCUAAGCUCUAAAAUUUAACUGUGAUUCUAAAAUAUAAUAGUAUUAAAAGUGAUGGCACUGCUAAUUUUUUUAGUAACCUAUCUGAGUUAAAAUAUCUCAAUUUUUAACAGAUUAAUGGCAUAUAUGAUUUUAAUCCAAUCUUUUUAAAGAGGAAGUUAAAGAGGUUAGUGAAUAUUAUUAAAUGAAAAUAAUAAAUUACAAGGAAGGAGCAAAACAAACAAUUUAGUUGUUUAAGAAAAUCUAAAAUAUUAAAUACAUAAAAUUAAAUAUUUAUUAUAUUUGUAAUAUAAAAAUCACAAA